AUGAGCAGGUGGUUGGCGAUGGUGACACUGGUAGUGGUGGCGGGGGCGGUACGGGGAUGGGACUGUGUGUGCAAUCCUAGGGAAUGUGAAGCGUUGGAGCCCAGUGGUUGCCCAGGUCUGGGCAUGGUUGUGUGGGAUCCGUGCAGGUGCUGUAAAGUGUGUGCAAGAACGCUUGGUGAGGACUGUGGCGGAUUCCGGGGCACGUGUGAACCCGGCUUAAAAUGUUUUGAAGGCUCAUGUGCACCUAUAACG